AUGGCGUCGCUGACAGAAAUCGCGGAAGGCAUACUGGCUAACGCCAAACGGCUUGACGAGUAUACGGCGUCUAAGGGGCUGAGAUACUCGACCUUCGAGAAAGACACCUUGAGUAACCUUCCCGAUGAUUUUGAAGAUUGCCGCAAGUCUCUGGUCGACUCGACACAGGAGUUGAAGCAGCUUGCGCAUGGACCAGUAGGGUUGCUGCUAGAAACGCUAUUUUUGUUCAAUGACCUCCUAAGCCUGCGAUUUAUCUACCACUACAACAUCCCACAAUACGUCCCUGCAGAUGGCUCGAUAUCCUACGCCGACAUAGCGCGCGCCAGUAAGCUGGACGAAGCCCUUCUUCGGCGCUUCAUCCAAGCCGCAAUGGUAAACAGAGUCUUCUCCGAGCCUCAAAUCAAUUACGUGCAACACACAGCCAUCUCCAGACUCCUCAAGGAAGACCCCGAGGCCAUGGACGCGGUUGGAUUUCUUCUCGAAGACCUAGCUCCCGCGUCGACAAAGGUUCUCGAGGCAUUUGAGAAGUGGCCAGGAUCUGGCGAGCCCAACGAAACUGGCUUUAAUAUUGAGAAUGACACCGGCGAUCCGUUCUAUCUCGAACUGGCCAAAACACCGGAGCGAUCCCGACGCUUUGGUGGAGGAAUGCGGUUCAUGACCCGUGGAUCUCUGUACGACAUUGGCCACCUGAUCAACGGCUACGACUGGGCCGCUUUGGACAAAGCAGAUGGACUCGUCGUCGACAUCGGAGGUGGCCAUGGUGGCGUCAGUCGGGCACUGGCCACCUCGACUGUUAAACUGCAGCUCAUUGUGCAGGAUCUUCCAGGUACAGUCAAAGAGGGAGAAAGCCUGCUGCCAGAGAAUCUGAAAGGGCGCGUCAAGUUCAUGCCGCACGACUUUUUCACAGAGCAGCCUGUCAAAGGCGCAGAUGUCUACUUCUUCCGUUUCAUAUUGCACAAUUGGUCAGAUAGCUACUGCACUAAAAUCUUGAAGAAUCUGCUACCUGCUAUGAAAGAUGGCUCGAAAGUGGUGAUAUAUGAAUUCCUCAUCUCUGAGAUGGCGAAUACUGCUUGGUCACAGAAGCAGGGCCGGAAUCUUGACAUGAUCGGAGCAACUGGUUGGAAUUCGUUAGAACGUACGGCGAGCGAUUGGGAGAAUCUUUUUGCUAGUGUCGAUCCGAGAUAUCGCUUCAUCGGGGCCCGGACUCCGGAAAAAAGUUCAGUAUCAUUGAUCGAGGCGGUGUAUAGGCAGCUGGACUAA